AUGAGGGAAUUCAACCCGUUCGCGUUGUUUGCCCUGUGGAUUGCCAUUCUAAGCGUCACCAAGACGUACAACAUAAGGAACUUUGGCGGAGAUAACAACGUCAAGCACUUGAGAUUCUCAGAAGACGCAGCGGCUGGUAGGAGCACCGCCCCCAAGAACAGAGGAAGCCCCUUAAGCCACAUCAAAGAAAAAAAUUUAAUUGUAGACGAUGAUAAUAGCCCCCUUGGAAAAGCCAUUUUUAUGCAAACGUCAGUCACGUUAUCAAAUUUAAUGCAUGAUAGAGAGAUGAUACACUCCCCCCCAAGUAAUCCAGCUACUACGUAUGUAAUUACGGGAUCGGUCAGAGGGAUAGAAGAUGGAAACCCAAUAUCGAUAGCAUUAGGAGCACAGUACUCAAAUAACUUCGACUCUUUGGAAGUGCUAGUUUUGACGUCUGAGAAUCCUCAAUUCAAAUUUAUUGUUCAUGGAGGAAAGUACUACUUACGUACCUUUGGAUCAACCUACUUAACACCUAGUGCUAUUAAGCUGAAUAUUCCUUGUUCUAAGUGCAAGUUUGUAAAUUCAGAUUUUAGUGACUUCCUUGAGGUAACUCCUUAUCCGAACGUUUCCAAUUUGUUUAUAUUCGAGUGGGAACUUCAGUCCAACUCUUCCAUUCCGUUGGAACAUAUAAAUGUUGUUCAUAACGAUGAAGCUGGAUGGACACAUGGACACGAUAUGUCAAACGAAUUGAAGCUAGACUCAUCAGCAGCUGCAGCUUCCUUGAAGACAUUUUACGGAAUAGAAUUGAUAGGGUAUUGGGGUUCUGAAUAUUCAGACAGGUUGUUAAACGUGUUGUCUGGUUUCCCCGAAUGUGUUCAGUUAGUGGCGUACGAUAAGGAGGAGAGAGCUCGCCAAAGGAAACACCAACGAUGGCUUUUGGUGCACGAAGAUUUAGGAGCAUUUGACAUGGACGUAGAGAAUUUUGAAGAGGAUGAUGCAACCUACUCCAAGACGGUACGUGUGUCUAGUAGUGCGUUUGAAUAUUCUAAGAAACAGGUGAAGACUUCAGGCAGUAAUGGGUACUACUACUCAAGGAGAUUGGAAAAGGUACUAAUCCGAACCAUACUUGCAGAUGAUUAUAGCCUAUUCGCUAACUACUUUCAGGAAAAGCAUGGUGUUCAUCUGUUAGACCCUGAGAGAAACCCUCUCGAAGUGCAAGAAGUCACAGGGUAUUCAAAGGAUGAUUACCAACCAUGGAGUCAAAACGUGGAGGAGAUGGUGGAAUUGGCUACUUCAUGGGAUGAAUAUCCAAAGGGAUUUCAAAAAGUUAAGGGGCUUAAAUAUUUGGCGAGAAGGAAAAAUGGAUUGAAACAUCCAAUGUACCCAACAGCUCCCGCAGUUGCCUUCCCUGCAGGUCCCUCCAGAAAUUCCUUCAUCGAAUUUAUGGAAUCGGCCUUUAUAAAUUAUAAAGACAUUUCUCAUUUAGUUCUCCACGAAAUAGGGCACUUUAUCUACGUCAACACGAUGUCAAGUGAAUUAAGGAAAGAGUGGAUAACUCAAGGUCAGUGGUACGAAGACCCCCUGUCCCCUAGUAAAUGGGCCACUAAGAAUGAAAUCGCAUUCGUUUCUGCCUACGCCCAUGAUAAAACACCAGGAGAAGAUUUCGCAGAGUCUAUAGCAGCGUUUGUUCUGAACCCAAGAUUAUUAAACUCGAGGGCUACUCAAAAGUACACCUGGAUAAAGAACAACCUCUUCAGUGGUAGUUUUUACGUCACAUCUGGUAAGCAUCAAUUUGAAGUUAUCAACUUGGGCAAUCAAACCUUUUAUUAUCCAGGAAAAGUGAAAAAGGUACAUUUAGAAGUUAAGGGAAGUCCCUCAGAAAAUAAGAAGGUACAAAUACAUGUGGAGUUGCUAUCCUCUAAGGGGAAUAAAGGGUGCGCUAAGUAUGCCCAUGCAAGAUUUUUUUCAGAGCAGCAAACAUUCAGAGAUGUCUUCUUCCAUACAGCAGACCGAUCCCAGUGUGGCUUUUCGUUAUUCGCUGAGUUUGAAGUUAACUCCACAGAGAGCAAAGGGAAAUGGGUAGUCGAUUCAAUGGCUUUCACCGGAGAGAACGAGAUAAAGCGUUACAUAGGGUUGGGAUCGAUGGUCCUCUACAUGUAUGUGAAUAAUCAGAAUGAAGAUAUUGAGCAGCCUAUCCCCUUGGUAAACUCUGUUCAGAUUUACCCCUAUAAUGGAAGUGGAUCCGAAGAUUCUCUUCUCCGAUUGAGUAUGCUCGUUUUGGAAGACACGACUCUGAAGAUUCAUGGAGGAACAUUCACAAACUUCGCAUCUAUGGAUAGUGAAAGCUAUUCCUAUGGGAAUCACACCUACACGUCAUACGACGCGGAGUUUAAUGUUGAUGUAAUUGACAGGGAUUACUUUGUGAGUGACAUAGCGACGAGUGGGUUCCGACAAGUCAAUAUAGAAGCGUGCAAAGCACAUACCAACCUAAAUGUUUCUAACUUGAAAUGUUUUCAAGUUAUGAAUCCAGUACAUAUACCCCAGUACUGUGUAGGCAGUAGGUACUACCUCCGCCAGUUCGCAGUAGAAGAUGAUGCCGGAAAUCAGAACAUUUUGAAUGUGACUUCGAACAAGUACUAUGCUGACUUGAGGAGCUCCCCUCGCAGGGAUAGAACUCAGCCCACUAUCACUGGGGUUAAGGUUACGAGCAAACCAGCUAAUGAUCAGCACGACGGAGAGACGGAAGUUACCGUCAAUUUUGGCGUGUACGAUGAUCUCUCUGGGGUGUUCUACGUUUACGUGCAUCUGAGAGAUCCUCAUGGAGGAACGCACUCAAGCCACGUGAACAGGACCCUCUUGCCUCAAGGAAAGGAUUACAAGGAGGUGACGCACACGAUCCUGCUCCCUAAGGGCUCCAUGGCCGGGACAUGGAUUUUGGAUGAAAUUAAGGCGGUCGACUUGUGUAAGAACGAGUCCAGAAAUGUCUACUCAUACAGCGUCUUCGUGGACAAUUCGUGA